AUGGGCUCUGUCGACCCUCCCAACUGUGAUGUCCUGAUUAUUGGAGGGGGCAUCUUCGGCACCAGCACUGCAUACCAUCUCACCCUCAACUAUGCAGAUCCAUCACGCAUCACCGUUUUGGAUCGGGCACCCGUACCCUCGCCACAGGCUGCGUCCUCGGACAUCAACAAAAUCGUCCGUGCGGAUUACAGCAAGGCAUUCUACAUGGACUUGGCCUACGAAGCCAUGGAGUAUUGGGUCGACGAUCCACUGAUGAAGCCAUACUUCCACCAAACGGGGUGGGUGAUGUUGGACGAGGAGGGCAGCGACCUGGCAGACCGUAUUCGGAAGAAUUUUCGAGAAAGUGGUCGUCCCGAUACAUCUGCCGAUAUCUCCCUCGAGGAGGUCAAGUCGAAUUGGGGCGGUGUCCUCUCUGGAAUAGAUACCACUGGAUACAGCAAGGCCUACACAAAUUCCAGCGCCGGCUGGGCUGACGCUUCUUCCGCCGUGGCGGCCAUGAUGAACGAAGCUGUCAAGGUCGGUGUCAAGCACGAGGUAGGAGAAGUGCAUGAGUUGCUCAGUGAUGGUGACAAGCUGACCGGUGUCCGCACGGCUGAUGGGCGGACAUUCACUGGUGACAAGAUUGUUCUAGCUACAGGAGCAUGGACGCCAUGGCUGAUGGCACCACUGGAGAAGAAGAUGGCCAUUCCACAAGAAAACAGCGUCCAAAGACAGAUUCAGGCUGCGGGGGUGUGUGUGGCCGCAUUCAAGGUCUCCGAAGAAGAGGCUCGACGCUACUCGCAGAUGCCGGUCUUGAUUUACGGGGCACGAGGCGAGGCCAUGCCCGUGAAUGAACAACGGCUCUUCAAGUUCACGAAUGCCAACACGUUCCUCAAUACUCAACCUCACCCAGAGACAGGCCAGAGCAUCUCUGUCCCGGCACCCGACCAACAUUCUGUCCCUGAAGCGCUGAAGCGGAAAUCCAUCGAGAUCAUCCGCCAGCGCGUCCCACAGAUGCUCGACGAGGGCAGGGUACCGGACGAGUGGCGCCUCUGCUGGGACGCCAUCUCAGCCGAUCAAAACCAGCUGAUCGCGCGGCAUCCUGACCCGCGAUUGUCGAACCUCUACUUCGCCACGGCCGGAUCAUUUCACAGCUGGAAAUUCCUGCCCAACAUCGGCAAGUAUGUCGUCAACGUGCUGGAUGGUAAGUCGAAUGGGCCCGAAAGGGACGAGACCUGGAGUUGGAAGAGAAGGUUCAGUGAAAGAGGAGCCCACGAGAAAGUGCUCCCGAAGGGAGAACUGAAGGAUUUUCAGUGA